AUGGAUGUAUCACAUCAGCAACAAACAACAAUGUUACGUGUCCUUUUGGUGUUGUCAAGGUGUAUCCAUCUCUCAUGGCAUUCAUCAUCAAGUAUCGCUUGGAGAAACGGCUAUCAGAAUUGGUCACUGUGUCGACAUCUCUACAGCAAGGAAAUGUGUUCUGAUUACUGGGUGGCAUCAAACAUUGUGGAUUCUCAUAUGACACUGGUUGCGGUUGUCAAGGAUACCGUUUCCAUGGUUUUGGAAAUCAGCUACUUGCAAGUCGUCUCUUUAUCGGUGGAUCUUCAGAGCAAUGUUUUUAUCGGUGCCAUGGCGGAUCUCAUUCCUCAAGUACUUGUAUGGAUACCUUGGACAUUCUCUUGGCAAGUCAAUAUCCUCGCCAUCGUUGGCAGUUAUGAUUUACAUGCGACAGUGUGGUCAGCCCUAUCUUGGCCCUAUCAAUUGCAUUUGAUGAUUGCUGCCUUAGCCGUUGGAAGUUAG